AUGACUGCUUCCGAUAAUACUGCCGAUUGUGGCAAAUGGCUUAGAGAUGAACAUCGAAGAGUUAAUGAAGAAAUAUCAGUGCACAAGAAACGUCAAGAGGAACUGGCGCGUCGGAUGAAACAAAUCCGGGAAUUACUGAACAAUCGCGGUGCCCAAUUAGAUACAAUGAAAAAGCGUUGUGAGGAGACAAGAUUAUUAUUGACAGAACUGACGGCAAACGAAAAGCGAAUCGCCGCUUUUCACGAGCUGGAAAAGUUGCGUUAUUCCAAAAUUCAGCACGCGGUCGAUGAGCAUAAGGCUUCUAUUUUGAGGCUCAUACACAGGGAAGAGGGCGAAUCUCAUAACGAAGUCAAAACCGUGGAUAAUAUAAUAUCUCAUGAUCAAUCAACUUAUGUCUGCUGCAAUCGCGGAUGUACUUUGGACGAAAAGAUUCAAUUUCGAAGCGAUUUGGAGCGUUCACUCGUUAAACGGGAACAGGAGCUUACAAUCAGAAGAAACCACAACGCUGCACGGAUUGUGCGGUUGAGAAAAUUGUUACACUCACACGAAGCUAAGAGAGCUCUGUGCAAGGAACAGCUAAGUGCCCUUAAAGCUAAAGCUAAUCGACGUUACUAA